AAAUAAUUAGCUUGAGAACUUUCUGUGGAAAUGACUAACAUAGGAUUAUUGACUUAAAUGUCAUGCUUACUUUGUGCUCUUCUGAUGACAUAGGAUAUGAUUGUGCCCUUUUCAUGGGGAUUCCCAGUCCCACCUGUGGAAUUCUCAAGUCCUUUUCUUUAUUACUUGGCUUGGAAACUCAGUAAAGUAUUUGUUUACUUUGUAGUUCAGUGGGCACAAGCCACAUGCAGGGCAUUUUGCUAGGAACAGAAGGUAGCCCUAAGGACACACAGUCUCCACCCUUGAGGAUAAAUAGAAGAAUCAUGUGGAAAUAAGAAAAGUGAAGUUUUUUUCUGCAGAGGGUGUAUCCAUUAUCCUUGUUGUGUUCUCCAGCUUUAUCAUGGUUAUUGAAUCUUUGGGAAUUAUUAUUUAUAAAGCACUGGACUAUGGUUUGAAGGAGAAUGAGGAGAGGGAAUUGAGCCCUCCCCUAGAGCAGCUCAUCGAUCAUAUGGCCAAUACGGUAGAAGCCGAUGGUAGCAACGAUGAGGGCUAUGAGGCUGCAGAUGAAGGCCUGGAAGAUGAAGACGAUGAAAAGAGGAAAGUUUCAGCUAUUCGGUCGUAUAGAGAUGUCAUGAAGUUAUGUGCUGCUCAUCUCCCAACUGAAUCAGAAGCACCAAAUCAUUAUCAGGCAGUAUGCCGUGCACUAUUUGCAGAAACAAUGGAGCUACAUACAUUUCUUACCAAAAUUAAGAGUGCAAAGGAGAAUCUUAAGAAAAUUCAAGAAAUGGAAAAGAGUGAUGAAUCUAGCACAGACUUGGAUGAGCUGAAAAAUGCUGACUGGGCACGAUUCUGGGUACAGGUGAUGAGGGAUUUGCGGAAUGGGGUAAAACUUAAGAAGGUCCAAGAACGGCAGUAUAACCCUUUGCCCAUUGAAUAUCAGCUCACCCCUUAUGAGAUGCUAAUGGAUGACAUUCGGUGCAAAAGAUACACUUUGCGAAAAGUGAUGGUGAAUGGUGAUAUUCCCCCUCGGCUAAAAAAGAGUGCUCAUGAAAUCAUCCUCGACUUCAUCAGAUCAAGACCUCCUUUAAAUCCAGCCUCAGCCAGAAAACUGAAACCAACCCCACCACGGCCACGGAGCCUCCAUGAACGAAUAUUAGAAGAAAUUAAAGCAGAAAGAAAGCUGCGCCCUGUCUCACCAGAGGAGAUUAGACGUAACAAAUUAUAUGUAACUACCCCUGAAUCUCCAAAGAAUGUUGUGGAAUCAUCUGUAGUGAAUGGAGGUUUAACAUCACAAACAAAAGAAAAUGGGUUAAGUGCAGCACAACAGGUGCCUGUGCAGCGGAAGAAGCUCCUCAAAGCCCCAACCUUGGCUGAACUGGACAGCUCAGAGUCAGAGGAGGAAACUCUGCGCAAGUCGUCCAGCAGCAGCAGCGUGUCUCCCUCCUUGCUUGAAGAUCCAGUAUUGGAGGUGGCAUCUACCAGGAAGAAGCCUCCGAAAUUCUUGCCCAUAUCCUCAACACCGCAGCCAGAGAGAAGGCAGCCGCCCCAAAGACGUCAUUCCAUCGAGAAGGAAACGCCCACGAACGUGAGGCAGUUCCUGCCGCCGUCCCGGCAGAGCUCGCGCUCGCUCGUGCCUAGGAUAACCAGUGUAUGGCCAAGGACGCCUUUUCGCCCACUUUUUUCUACCAUACAAACAGCUUCUCUGCUCAGCUCUCACCCUGUCGAAGCAGCCAUAUUUGGGGUAGCAGGGGCUAUGUAUUAUCUGUGUGAGAGAGCUUUUACCAGCAGGUGGAAAUCCUCAAAGGAGGAAUUCUGCUACCCAGUGGAAUGCCUUGCUCUUACUGUUGAAGAAGUGAUGCAUAUUCGUCAGGUGCUGGUGAAGGCAGAGCUGGAAAAAUACCAACAGUAUAAAGAUGUCUACACUGCCCUGAAAAAAGGAAAGCUCUGCUUUUGUUGCCGAACCAGGAGGUUUUCCUUCUUCACCUGGUCUUAUACCUGUCAGUUCUGUAAGAGGCCGGUGUGCUCACAGUGCUGCAAAAAGAUGCGGCUGCCCUCCAAGCCAUACUCCACUCUUCCUAUCUUUUCAUUGGGACCUUCUGCUUUGCAAAGAGGGGAAAGCUGUAUGCGGUCAGAAAAACCCCCUACUGGCCACCAUCGGCCACUUCGAAGCAUUGCCAGGUUCUCCUCAAAAUCUAAGUCUGUGGACAAAUCAGAUGAAGAACUCCAAUUUCCCAAAGAGCUAAUGGAGGACUGGAGCACUAUGGAGGUGUGUGUGGACUGCAAAAAGUUCAUUUCGGAAAUCAUCAGUUCAAGCCGGCGCAGCCUGGUGUUGGCCAACAAAAGAGCCCGAUUAAAAAGGAAAACACAGUCUUUCUAUAUGUCCUCACCAGGCCCCUCGGAGUACUGCCCUUCAGAGAGGACGAUCAAUGAGAUCUGAGCCUCAUGCCUUUCAGUUGCCUUUGUGUUCAGAGUCGGCGUCAGUGCACGAGAACACUGAACCGGACUGUCUCUCCCUUCCAUGGUUUUAUUUAAUAGGCUUGAAUUUGCAUUAGAUCAGACUUUUUGCUGCAUCACAUUGUUCCACAGACUGAAUGCUGUGUUUAUAUCGAUGGAUGAUGUGACAGAUCAGCCAAUUGCUCCUUUGCACUGAGAGAGGACAGUAGUUUGAAACCUGCUUUUGUGUAUCUGUGGCUUUGGAAGCCAGAAACUUUUUCCUUAGUUCAGUUUUUUAUUGUUCUUCGAAUAAUUUCCUAACUAAGGCAAAAAGCUUCUCCUAUGAGAAAUCAGCCUAACAGAGGUGUCUAUUAGCACAGUCCUAAGCAGUAAGUCAUAUUGGCAUUUCCACGUGACAGUGUUUCUACCCCAUGUACAUAGUGAUCCAGAGCCCUGCCACACACCAGGUACCUGGAGGCGGGCCGGGCUGUUUAUUGUCCUACAGCACAAAACCUAGAAGGAUUUGCUGAUACUAUCAACUGAUCUUUAAAUUAUUGUUGCUCUGAGAUAAAAAUUACACAAGGGGCUUUAUGUCUGCAUUCUAGUGCAAAACAUCUGAGUGAGCUACACGCCCGUGUGGGUGGCUGUUUUCACUGAGCUGCCAUGUUUGUCCCGGUGCCAUGGAUCAGAGUCUCCCAAGUGGGGGAUAGGUUUUCAUUCCCUAUCUUGAAUGUAUUAUGGUUACUGAUAGUUUUAUAAUGAGUGUCUAAGAAUCAAAGUUUUGUGGGAGUCUCAAGACAAAGGAAGGCUAAAGAUUUGUCAAGAAGUGCGUAUAUUCUGGUUGACUGUGAGAAGGGCUGCAGCAGCGUAAGGUGCCAGCUAUUGGCCACGCUGCAGGACAAGAGCUGGAGCUCAUGAUUGUCAGCUGUGUUUUUCAUAACUUUUUAGUGCAGCCAUCAUGACUAAAUUAAGCCACAAUUUAGUAUCUAAGGUCUCAAACCGAAAUUUAUUUUUAUAAAUGAAUUUUAAAAGAAAAAUAUCUAGCUCUUUUAAAAUUAGAAGAAAAGAUGACCAACCAAUCAAAUUGUUAUUACUGUUUGGAAAAUCAAUUAACGCACAUGCACAAUGAUUUUCUGAAAGCCAUAGGACACAUCUGUAGUCAGCACCAUGACAGCACCAUUUAAUGAGAGGCAUGGCAGUCACAUCUCAUCCUGCAUUAACAAACAGUGACAUUUCCAUACUAAAUUAACAGUAAUACCUCAAGACUGCUUCGGUAGUAGUUUUUAAAUGGAUUGAAAUUUACAAUUUAGAAAAUGGUUUAAAAUUACUUAUACUUAUGAAAUAAACUUUACUGAUUGACUAAAAUAAUGCAUGUUAACAGUUCAUCUGAAUUUGCAUGUUAGUGGACCAGCAGAGAACCCUUAUUGAUUAUUUAAGUAUUUGAAUUAUUUUAAAGACUCCUAUUUAAACGAUUUAAAAAUUGUAUUGGGUGAAUCUCAUUUAUAAAAUUUUCUAAAAGACUAUCUGACUGUUUGGUGGGACCUACCCCUUUUUACUGACCUCCAGGCUUGAGCUUCUUAAAUAACUGUCAGGAAGGGUACACAGGGGAGGAAAUGGUAUUUGUAUAUGUACAUAAACAUGCACCUAGGAGAAUGUGCUUUUUACACUAAUAAAUAGUUACUGUCUUUAUUAAAACAUAAAAAAACUACACCCCCCCCAAAGAAGAAUUUCAUUCUGUUCACAGAGCAAAUAACUAGUAAAUCUCUCUUUUACUUCACUUCUUUGGGUCUAUGUUACUAUAUAGGAUGAUUUGGGCAUUAUCAUCACAUUUUACUAGAGCAUUAAAAUGUAAAUUCUUCAACAACAUUAACAGGGUUUGCCAAGUACAUUAAAGAGGACAAGUGGAUGAUGUGUCCAUAUGAAACAGUUUGCAGGAAGCAGUAUAAGAAAGGGCACAUGGCACACUUAAAGUCAUAAAAAUCAAAUUAGCAUCAUAUUUUGGUUGCCAAAGCAAAUUCUUACAUUUAACCCUCCCAUAUGCAUGAUAUGUACACCCUCCUUGAACACUUCACCUAAGUUAGGUAAUUCACUAGGAGCUUGUGGAGCUUGGUUUUAAAAAACCUUAGCCUAGUCUAACUUUAGGCAUAGCUUCUUCCUUCUAAAACAGCCUCCCUGUGCAGUGUUCCUUUUUGUCCUGGUUUCCUGCUGCUCAGGUUUUACUUCUAAUCCAACAACAACAAAAAUGUUGCAGUCUGGCUGGUCUCAGUUGGAGUCUGCUGCAUCUCUGAGCACAUGUGCAUAUCUGAGCAGUCAUCCCUGUUCUCACCCCAGCUCGCUCGCUCCAGGCCUGGGCAACAGUUCCUUUUGUCCCACAUGUAAUGAAGUCAUGCUGUUGGGAAGGCUGUGCUUCCUCUCCGUGGCUUAGCUUUCUGUCAGUGUCAGAGUGUACAAGGAUGCUUGUAAAUACUGUAGCAUAUUUAUUAAUAUUUGAAAGGCAUUCAUUCAGUGACAAUGGGCUUAACUCUCCCAAGGCAAAUAAAAACUCAAAUAAUUGAUAUGUACACUAACUUAGAUUCCAAGUCUUAAGCCUUCCAAAUUAAACCAGAGGUUGUUAUGUAGGAGUUUUAAAAAUAAUCUUAUGUUCAAAGAGAUAUGUGAUUAGCACCAUGAACCCAUACCAUGAAAUUUUUAAGGCUUUUAUUUUUCUAACUCUAUUAUAAAUAUAGGACUGGAUUUUAGGUAUCAUAUAGGAAACAUGAAAGUUUUAAAUUAUGUUGCCAUUUGCUAAAGCAAAAUAGCAGAAAAUUUUGUACAUGCAACACUAUUGAAGGACCACGAAGAAAUGUAUACUACAGACUAGGCUUCUGUGUGGCUUCCUGUGCCUGUAAAAGUCGAAGCCUUGCUGGCAUUCAGGGGGACGUGAUCGUACUAAAUGUGUUCCAUUACAGUCUUUUAUUUUAAAAGUUAUCUAGGGAUAAAUAAAAUGGCUUUCCAUGGUA